CUUCGUGACCCUUUUGGCAUCUGGCGUUGGUCUUCGGCAGAUGUGGGUUUCAGCACUGACAACUCAAGAACCAAUGAAAGCUGAAGAAGAUGCAGGGUCGAGUGACGUAUGCUACUCACUACCGCGACGGCGGAUCCCAUUACCGACGCAGGGGAGGUCCGGGACACCAGAGCCCCAAACCAGCUAGGUACCCUGCAGGCCGCCGGUACUUUUGUCACCCUGCCGGCGGCGAACGGACCCGGGGCAGGGAACCGCACGGCCGUACGGCUAUUUAGCCGUUGGCAUUAAGCUAAUCCCGGCCGGUUAGUGGCUUCCAGGCAAGCCCGGCUUGCUUUCCACGGACACCAUCAUUCGGCUGCUUCUGAUGCCUGCCACUCCGGCCGCCGCCAGCUUUUCUCUCAAAAUCGCCCACCCUUUCCGCGUCGUUAUAUAUUGCGCCAUCGAUCGCAUAUUCGCAUGCUUCCAGCAGGGCGGAAGGGAAGGGAAGGGAGGUCGAGAUGGCCGGGCUGCAGAGGUCGGCGCAGACCUUCCGGCGGUCGGGCUCGUCGGGGCUGGUCUGGGACGAGCGCUUCCUCACCGAGGGCGCCGAGGACGGCGGCGGCGGCGCGCGGGGGACGGGACGCCGGCAACCGGAGCUCCGGCACUCGCGGAGCGUGGGCAGCGUGCUGCGGCGCGGCGAGGAGGGAGCGGGACACGACGACAAGAAGCGGAAGCUGGUGCUCGCCAAGCCGAAGCAAAAGGACCACCACCACCAGCAGCAGCAGCAGCAGGAGGUGGUGCCUGCUGGCGGGACGGCGUUCCGGACGAGGGACGUGGCCCCGGCCGCCGAGCCGCCGUCGCCGAGGCUGCCCGCCGGCUGCUGCGCGCCCUGCGCCAUCUUCCGGGCACCGCCUCGCCGCUGGCGCGCCUAGCCAAGCCCCGGAAGCGCUAGGUGACGAGGUGUAAUCGAGUGGUGGUCUCUGGUGACCAGGAGCAACGCUUCGAGGCCCCGCGCGUUUGGACCUCCUGGGUUUUUGAAUAAGUUUCGAAGGAAACAUUUCGAAUUCUUUGCGAACUCCUGUUCGAAUAACAGGUGCGCGGCACUGUUCGUCGUGGUCACGGUACUCUCGAGCCAUGCUUG